AUGAAGACAAAGAGACACAGCAAACCACACUUGGCCUUCCCUGUUGCGAUAAUCUUUUCUUUGUGUUUGCGAACAAGCGCAAACCACACCGACUACCCGAGGGUUAUAAACACAACCUGGAAUUCUAUCGGCCAAAACCUAAAUGGAAGCCAGAACACACCAGAAGCCAAAACAAGCUCUCCUCUGAGCACCAAUUUCAGCAGCAAAACGGUUACUUUCGAAAUGCAGACGAGUACCCUCCAACCCUUAUCCUCCACAACGGCCCAAAAUUCAACACUGUUCCCUGCCACGAGUGCUGUUUCUGCCACAGCGGGACCUGGGAAUACCAGCAAACCCAAGGGUACCGUCACAAAAGAAACAUGUGAAGACAGUAAGUCUCUGAUACUGAUUUGCUUCGUUAUAAUAGCAGUACUUGUGCUUGUCUGCACCUUCUUGUUCCUGUCGACAGUCGUCAUAGCAAACAAAAUGUCGUAUCUCAAAAAAACUCAGCAAGGAAAGCGCCGGCCCAGGAGCAACGGCGAUAUUCUGGCAAGUAACAGCUUAUGGCCAACCGCAGCAGGAACGUGGCAGAGGAUGCCUAAGGAGACUGGAACUGACUUGAUAAUGCAAGAGUUAAUAUCAGGGAGAGAUACUGCGAUCCAAAGGAAAACCAAAGAUGGAACUACUGAGAAACUCACUAAUGAAACAGAUAACGAACAGGAAAGCAAAGCACCAAAGUCACACGAACCCAUUUUAACCAAUUUUGUAGUUGAGAUUUAG